CCAAUGCUUGGCCUCUAUCUCCAGCUACCAAAAAAUGGCGAGUGCACUCAUCAAGGUUGGCAAGCUUUUGGCUUCCUCUGCGUCUGUGGCGCAAAAAUUUGCGCUUCCUGCUGCAGCGAACCAGCUUCAAGCCAGAAACUACUCCAAUGGCCAGAAGAUAGUGGUCAAGAACCCUGUGGUGGAACUGGACGGUGACGAGAUGACCAGGAUCAUCUGGCAGAUGAUAAAGGAUAAGCUCAUCUUUCCGUACCUGGACGUCAAGUGUCUGUACUACGAUCUUGGUCUGGAGCACCGUGACGCCACUAACGACCAGGUGACCAUUGACGCCGCACACGCCAUUAAGGAACACAGCGUGGGUAUCAAGUGUGCCACCAUCACCCCUGAUGAGGAGAGAGUAGAGGAGUUCAAGCUGAAGAAGAUGUGGCUGAGUCCCAACGGAACCAUCAGGAACAUCCUGGGUGGAACCGUUUUCAGGGAACCAAUCCUGUGUAAAAAUAUUCCCCGCCUGGUUCCUGGCUGGACUCAACCCAUUGUGAUUGGCCGUCACGCUCACGGCGAUCAGUACAAGGCCACAGACUUUGUUGCCGAGGGCAACGGCAAGCUGACGAUGACCUUCACCCCUGAGAAUGGUGCACCAGUCAACAUGGAGGUGUUUAACUUCAAGAACGGUGGAGGCGUGGGCAUGGCCAUGUACAACACUGACGAGUCCAUCACAGGGUUUGCACACGCUUGCUUCCAGUACGCGAUUCAGAAGAAAUGGCCGCUGUAUAUGAGCACAAAAAAUACAAUUCUGAAAAGAUACGAUGGACGCUUCAAGGACAUCUUCGAGGAUAUUUAUCAGAAACACUACAAGGGGGAGAUCGAGAAGGCAGGAAUUUGGUAUGAACAUCGCCUCAUUGAUGACAUGGUCGCUCAAGCUUUGAAAUCAUCUGGAGGCUUUGUGUGGGCAUGCAAGAACUACGACGGCGACGUUCAGUCAGAUAUUGUAGCACAGGGUUAUGGCUCUCUUGGUCUGAUGACCAGUGUCCUCAUGUGCCCAGACGGCAAGACCAUCGAGGCAGAGGCUGCUCACGGUACUGUCACCAGGCACUACAGAGAGCACCAGAAGGGCAAUGCGACCAGCACCAACCCUGUUGCCAGUAUCUUUGCAUGGACGCGAGGUUUGGAACACCGCGCUAAGCUGGACAACAACCCCGCUCUGGAAAAGUUCUGUCAAGCUCUGGAGAAGGCCUGUAUCAGCACAAUAGAGUCAGGAAAGAUGACCAAGGACUUGGCAGGCUGUAUUUAUGGGCUGAAGAACGUGAAGCCAAACCAGUACCAGAACACCGAGGCUUUCAUGGAUUCCAUCAAGGAGGAGCUGGAGAAACAUUUAUAACAUCCGACACAGCUUAGAACUUUUCAUCGUCCAUGUAGCUCUUAGACCUCACAAACCACGACAAAUGGGUGUCUUCUUUUAGACCUUUGGAGACGCCCACUAUCUCAUAGAAUGGGAAUUAGUCUACUGAAAUGGCACUCAUAUCUUAUUACAACUGGCACUUUGUAGAAUUUCGGCAAAAUCUCCUAAAUUUCUGCUCUUAACAAUCACUUCAGGCUCAAAAUUGGUGUCAUUUCCUCCAACAGAGGGAGACUUGUUGCAGGUAUUAGAUGCUCCUCUCAGAGUACAGCUUAAGAUCUGGCACAAAAGAAAAGAACUUGGCAUUUUUUCAAUAAAACCAUGGACUUCUUCAUCUCUGUGUAAAAUCCUCUGUCGCUGUUGCCUGGAAAUGAAGACACACACAGUAGACAGUAUAUGUAUUUUGUGGCUGAAAACCUUUGGUGGAAUAUUUGGUAAAAAAAAACAUGGCUGUUCUUUUCAGCUGUGAUAGCCUGAUUCCUGAUUGAGCUGAUAGGGGGCAGCACCAGUAGGUAGAAGAACUUGAAUGAUGCUCUGCUCGACUUUCACGAUCACGCUAUGCAGCAAAAUGAUUGUUAGGAGGCACUUAAUCUGGUUUGAUAUCUUUAUAUGUCCUGUUCCCUCCUAAAAUUUAUUUAUUUUAUUUAUUUUUCCACCACAAAAACAAACUUGAAUCAGUAUUAUAUUUUAUUGGUGAAAUUUGCCUUUUCUGUCCAUGUUAACAAAAUCUUUUUUAUAAGGUAAAUUGUUCUUGAAGUUAUCAUCGUUAUCAGCUCUUGAAUUUGUAAAAGAUAAUCAGGCAGAAAAAUUAAUUUUGGGAUAUGUUUUGUUUGAAUUCACUUUACUUUUUUAUUAAGGCUACAAGUUUUCUUGAUAUUUAAAGUUGCCAGCUAUUUUUAAUAGACAGUUUUUUUCUGUGUGUUGUUGUGGCAGUACCAUUUCUUGUCUGUUGACUGAAGUUUUUUGUCAUUUAGAAUGAAUUGGUUUGUUUUUGAAGUCUUUCAUAGUUUUCAUAUACACCUUAGCCCAUCUGAAAUGAAUGAUAAAUAAACUUGACUGAAAUAAACCAGAGUUGGCUGAAUUUGACACUACUAACUGAAGAUAAUGCAUGUCGUCAUUUUUGUCAAGAUAACAAGGUCACAACACGAAAUGUGGACAUAAUUGCAAAGAAGAACAGCUGUAUUUUGCAAGCUUCAAUUUGUGAUUUAUACCACAAUAUAGCUUACAAUGUCAACAUUAGGGACAUUUUUCUUAUUGCAUUUUCGGAAGGAGUUGUAAUAUCGUCAAGAAUGUGAUGAAGGUGUUGCAUGCAAAUUGAGCUUGUAUCACUUGAAUGGGUGCUUAUUUAUUUAUUACUUACCUUGUAAGAUGCCAGCGGCAGGUGAUAAUGAUAUUACUUUCUUCAUAAUGUUCUUAAUAAUAAGCAUUGGAUGAUGUAAUGAACAGCUGAAAAGUAGUAAAUGAGGUAUGGUCUCUGAAGAUUGUAUGGUACACGUCUUUGUAAAGAAGUCUCAUCACUUGCUUCAUUACGGUGUGGUUUCUGAAAGCUUUCCUCAACAAGAUAUUUCAGAUGCAGCAAAUGCAAAACAUUCUGUUAUGCCAAUAGUUUGGUUUGAAAGCCUUAUGUCUAUUUAUCUGCAUAUUGAAGCACUUUGUUUUCUGUCUUAAAGAGUAGAGGAUGCAUGAUAAUUUAUGUGCUAACAAGCACCACCCCCCCC